GGCGGGAAAGCCUCUUUCACCGACGCCGUCUCUCUCCGGGGAUCGUUGCCGCGAGCCACGCUUCAGACUCUAGCUGUAAAUUCUGCCGAGUUGUGCACGCUUGGAUCGUUCCUCACCAAACCUCGACAGGAAAUUUUGCACUGGUUGAGGACCGAAUCAGGAAGUAACCAUGUCUCGGAAAGCCGACAUCAUCCUGUACGGAGGUGAUAUAAUCACCAUGGAGGAGCCUGCAGCCAGCCCGCCCAGCGGAGCCGAUCCCCCGCCCAAGAUCGAGGCCGUGGCUAUCAGCGGAGAUGCCAUCCUGGCAGUGGGUACCAUGGACUCGGUCUUCAGUCACGCUGGACCCAAUACUGAAGUCGUCUUCCUGAACCAACAGACCCUAAUGCCGGGCUUCAUCGAGCCACACCAGCAUGCUAUCCAGUGCGCUCUCAUGCGGAGCCAGUACAUCAACAUCAGUGCCAUCAAUUACAGAUCCUACAAUGAUAUCCGCACCGUCAUGGUGAACAGGAUGAGCGAGUUGGCCGCGAAGCCCGACAACAAAGACUGGGGCAUCUUCUUCGGCUGGGACCCUGAGCUCAUCUCCGACCUGCCAACUCUCAGCGCGGACUUCCUGGAUGCCAACUUUUCCUCCACCAUUCCGAUUGUCGUGGUUGGCCAGAGCGGUCACGUGGCUUGGGCUAACCAUCCAGCACUCAAGGCACCAAAACCAGAGAUUGGCCCGAACUACCAGAGUCCAUCCGGAGGUACCGUGGUCCUGGAUGCCGAAGGCAAGCCCACCGGUCAACUCUUUGAGGAGCCGGCCAUCAUGCUGGUCGUGGGUCAAGCCCCACUGCCCAGUGAGGAGGCCAUGGCCGAGUCAUUCUAUGAGCAGUGGAGAGCCUACGCCUCGGCUGGACUGACUACCGUGACUGACCUUGCUUACAUGCCGACUCCCGAGAUGGAUGAGGUUCUCAAGAAGGCAGCUGAUGCACCCGACUUCCCUGUUCGCCUUGGUCUUUAUAAAAUGACCCAUGCCGUAAAGGAUGCCGACGUCAAAACCAAAUCGGUUCCCACCACCCAACAAAAAUGUAUCAGCCAGCUAGCCCGCGUCCGACCCCAAAAGGAACAGCGCUCCAGCGAAGGCGGAGUUGGUAACCACAGCGCCCGUCUCUGGGAAGUUGGUCUGAAGCUGGUUGCCGACGGCUCCCCGCACUGCGGCACCUCUGCUGUCCGUGAGCCAUACUUGUUUACCCCGCUGACCGAGACCCUGGGCUUCCCCAAGGCGCCCGGCUACGGCAUCUUGAACAUGGAGACGGAUGCUCUCUUCGAUACCGUCAAGAGACAUCACCAGGAGGGGAAGCAGCUGGCAAUUCACUGCCACGGGGAGCGGAGCUCUGAACAGGUCCUCAAGGUGUAUGAACAGAUCCAGACCCAGUUCCCGGACAAGAAGAACCGUCAUCGUAUGGAGCAUCUUGGCCUGAUGACAGUGGAUCAGAUCGCCCGUGCUGGCAAGAUCAACCUGGCUCUCUCCUUCUUUGUGGACCAUCUCCGUUUCUACGCCAAAGUCUACAAGACGGACAUCUUUGGUGAGCGAGUCAACCGCUGGACUCCGCUAUCUGAGGCAACCAAGAACGGGGUGACCUGGACAAUACAUCAGGAUCAUCCGACCUUCCCUGGAGAGGCCAACCCUUUUGCCAACAUGAAGACGGCCAUCACCCGCUGCACCAGGGACGAUCCUACCACUCCCUACGGCCCAGAGUACCGCGUGACCAUCCACGAGGCUCUCAAGUCCUACACCGUCAACGCGGCUUGGCAGCUCCACCUGGACCAGACGGUUGGAAGCAUCAAGGUCGGCAAGAAGGCUGACCUGGUGGUGCUCUCUGCGAACCCGUACCACGUGGAUCCGUUCGACUUGGAGAAGAUCCGCGUCAUUGAGACCUUCGUAGACGGGCGCCGCAACAACCUUGCCAACGUCAACGCCAUUCCCAAUGUCAACGUUAAGGUACUAGACCGGCCUGUGAAACAAGCAAAAUCUGCCACCAAGUAAAACAAGAUGACGUUUCUCUUCCAGUACCUAACCAGUUUCGUAAAAACAGUAUUUUCAAACCAAGUGAUUUAGACUGUACAAGUGAUACAGAAUGCAAUUGUUUGUGACAAGCUAUAUUGAAAUUAAUUAUGACAAUUGUUUGUAACAAGCUAUUUUGAAAUUAAUUAUGACCAAAACAAAACUGAAGAAGUUCUUAAACAGGUUUAUUUGCCAAUUGAUAUUGCACUUGAUUUGAAGAUGGCAUACGAGAACUAUUAGAUUUUUCAUUUUCAAAGUAAUAUAUUUCUUUGAAGGUUUGAAGUUUAUCCUAUUUAAUAGGCCAAAAUAUAUAUAUAUUGGGCAUUAAAAUUUAAUUUACCAUGAGUUGAACAAAAAAUUGAAAAAGUUCAAAUUAAUAUAUUGGGAUGACUAUUCACUGAAAUCGAAAGGAUUUCAAAUCCUGAAGCCUGCAUAUUUUUUUCAUCAUAGAACUUGUUAUGCUUUCGUGGCGUGGAAAUUAAUGAAAGGUUUGGCAAUUGAAUAAAAUUACAGUGCAAAAAGAA